AAAGCUGCAUGGAGUAUGGAGAAGGAGAGCCCAAAAAAAGAAAAAAAGCAGCCCCAGGCUCAGAAUUACCAUUACAGCAGCAAAAGGCGCGUGGACAGCUCGCCCAGGACGCAUGAAAAGAGGACAUUUGAGACUAUGCUACAGGAAACCAAGGGUCAAGAACACUUCCUCAACACCACCCAGGUCCCCAGACACCAGUACACCCAUUGUGGUACCAGCCAGAGCUGCCCCCGACAGAGAGCCCAGGGAGCCCAUGGAGCCCAGCGGGGCCACGGGGACAGGCGUCCCCUGCACGACACCUCCACUCUCGCCCCGUGCAGGAGGAGAAGGGAGAGACGCUGCACCCCGGCCCCUCCGGCGGGACCCACAGGCAGCACCCCCUCCUCGGCUGGCGGGCAGGGCUGCCCAGCACGGACAGGGGCAGGGCAGGGGCUGAGGGGCUGCGGCAGGCCCUGGGGAUCUCUCCCAGCACUCACCACGUCUCCAGGGUCAAAAUGGGUUUCUCCACUCCUCCUGCUCCUCGGGGAAGCUACUCAGUCAGAGGAAAGGGUGCAGGCACGAGCAGACACAUUAUGUGAAUCAACACUUGGCAUCUGGCUGGUUCGACCACCAGGGUUGUGGCUUCACGAUGAUGGGACACACAGUAUGACUCUGACCUGGGAGGGGGAGAUGGGACCUGUCCGAGUAGACAAGGCAAAGGAAUGUUUGCCGACAGCCACCCGUCCCGUCCCCACCAGCCGGCGUGUCCCGCCGUGUCUCGGUGCCCCCGAGCCCAGGGACCCGUGUGGCCAGGGGUGGCGGGCAGGGCCAGGGGCCGCAAGGACACAGCGGUGCUCCCGGUGCCCGCCCCCCCGAGCCGAGCGGGGCGGAGCGGCAGGACUACACCUCCCGUGCUGCACCGGCGGCGGGCGGCCCUCCCGGGCUGACGCUGCCGGCGGCUCCCGGCGCCGCCUUUGUCCGUGCGGGGCUGGCGGCGCGGCCCCGGCGCAGGGAACAUCUGUCCUGGCUGUGCUGGUGCGGCUGGUGACGGGACAGGCAUCUCGAGUGGAAUCCGGAGCAUCCCGCCUCCCUCUUCCCAGAUCAAUACCUGCACGGGCCUCCAUCUCUGCGCCGAGAGCAGCGACGCGCCGGGCUCCAGGCUGCUGCGGCAAGAUGUCGGUGACGUUUGAGGACGUGGCGCUUUACUUCUCCCCUGAGGAGUGGGCAAAGCUGUCGGGCUGUCAGCGGCAGCUCUACCGGGAGGUGAUGCUGGAGAACUACCAGAUGGUCGCCUCGCUUGGCGCAGCUUUGAGCUGUUCCCAGGUGUCCUGUCUGCAGGAGAGUGGCCGAGGUGACGGGGGCGCAGCGAGAGGAGGCUGUAGGCUGGGCCACCGUCAAACCAGAGAUCAUCUGCAAGAUGGAGCGAGAAGAGACACCGUGUGUGCCAGAACUCCCUGGGGAGUGGCAGAGGCACCAGAGCCCUGUGCCAGUGACCCCUGCAUCUCCUCCCCAGCAGCCGUCAGCCCUGGGACACAGAAGGAGACCAAGCAUGUCCCUGAGGGGCUGCCAGGACCCACCUCCCUGCUCCCUGGGAUGCCAAGCCCUGGCACAAGACAUCAGAUGGGCUUGGCCUGUGGCCAGUCAGGUGGGGACAUAUACAAACAGAACCCACUGAAUCACCGUGUGCACAGCAGCGAGAAGCCCUUUGCCUGUGGAGACUGCAGCAAGAGUUUCACAAAGAAGUCGAACCUCAUCAUCCACCAGCGCAUCCACACCGGGGAGAAGCCCUUUACCUGCACCGACUGUGGCAAGAGCUUUGUCCAGAGGCAGCAACUGCUGAGUCACCAGCGCAUCCACACCGGGGAAAAGCCCUUCACCUGCACCGACUGUGGCAGGAGCUUCAGGGAGAAGUCCAAGCUUAUCAGCCACAAGAGCAUGCACACUGGGGAGAAGCCCUUCACCUGCCCUGACUGUGGCAAGAGUUUUGGCCGCAGGUACAGCCUACAGAGGCACCAGCGCAUCCACACCGGGGAGAAGCCCAUUGCCUGCACUGACUGUGGGAGGAGGUUCAGGGAGAAGAACAGCCUCAUCAUCCACCAGCACACCCACACUGGGGAGAAGCCCAUUUCAUGCUCUGACUGUGGCAAGAGCUUUAGGGAGAAGAAGAGCCUCAUCAUCCACCAACGCAUCCACACUGGGGAGAAACCCUUUGCCUGCACAAACUGCAGCAAGAGCUUCAGGGAGAAGACGAAACUCAUCAUCCAUGAGCGAAUGCAUACCGAGCAGAAGCUCUUUACCUGCUCCUACUGCGGCAAGAGCUUUGUCAAAAGGCCCAACAGUCUAGGGCACCACUGCAUCCACACUGGGGAGAAACCCUUUGCUUGCACCAACUGCAGCAAGAGCUUCAAGGAUAAGAAGAGCCUCAUCAUCCACCAGCGCAUCCACACUGGGGAGAAGCCCUUUGCCUGCACCAACUGCGGCAAGAGCUUCAGGCAGAAGGCGACUCUCAUCACCCACCAGCGCAUCCACACAGGGGAGAAGCCCUUCACCUGCACUGACUGUGGCAGGAGCUUCAGGGAGAAGAAGAGCCUCAUUACCCACCAGCGCAUCCACACUGGGGAGAAGCCCUUCACCUGCAAUGACUGUGGCAAGAGCUUUAGGGAGAAGGCAAGACUCAUGAUUCACCAGCGCAUCCACACUGGGGAGAAGCCCUUCACCUGUACCAACUGCAGCAAGAGCUUCAGGGAGAAGAAGCUCCUGAAGAGACACCAGCAGGUGCACCAUGGCCUGGGUCUUGUGCCAGUGGGUAGCCAGCAGAAGAGGGGAGAUCUGUCUGCAUUAGGUGGGCAGGCAGAGGCCAAGCCCUUCCAGUGCGGUGUCUGCGAGAAGCGGUUUUGGAAGGAGAGGCUCUUGCUGGCUCACCAGCGCACCCACGGCACCCCCAGCUUGCAGCCGCCUCCGCAGUCCGGCACCCCCGAAUCUGCCACCAAGGGGCCUGUUGGUCACCAGGGGCUGCUGUGUGGGUGGCUGUGGGGGAAUGUCCAUGUUUUCUUUGGGACAGAGGGACCAUCUGUCCUGGCUGUGCUGGUGUGGCUGGUGACGGGACAGGCACCUCAUGUGGAAUCCGGAGCAUCCCGCCUCCCUCUUCCCGGAUCAAUACCUGCACGGGCCUCCAUCUCCCCACUGAGAGCAGCGACGCGCCGGGCUCCAGGCUGCUGCGGCAAGAUGUCGGUGACGUUUGAGGACGUAGCGCUCUACUUCUCCCCCGAGGAGUGGGCAAAGCUGUCGGGCUGUCAGCGGCAGCUCUACCGGGAGGUGAUGCUGGAGAACUACCAGAUGGUCGCCUCGCUGGGCUGGGCCAACAUUAAGCCAGAGAUCAUCUGCAAGACAGAGCGAGAAGAGACACUGUGCAUGCCACACACCCCUGGGGAGCAGCAGAGGCACCAGAGCCCUGUGCCAGCAGCCGUCAGCCCUGGGACACAGAGGGAGACCGAGCGGGUUCCUGAGGGGCUGCCAGAACCCACCGCCCUGCUCCCGGGGAUGCCAAACCCUGACGUGAGGUGUCAGGGGGGCUCAGCCUGCGGACAGCCAGGUGGGAGUCAGGGGGUUCAGCUGGGGCUCCCCCAUCCCUCCUCCCUCCCAGAACCCCAGUCAUUAGAGAAGAGCAGUCCCAGGUGCCCCAAGUGCAACAAGAACUUCAAAGAACAGUGGUCGCUGGUUGCCCACAUGCGGAGCCACAUGCGUGAGCGUCCCUUCCACUGCACUGACUGUGGCAAGAGCUUCAUCUACAAGCAGCACAUGCUGAAUCACCAGUGUGUGCACAAAGGUGAGAAGCCCCUUGCCUGUGGUGACUGCGGCAAGAACUUCACAAGGAAGUCGGCGCUCAUGAUCCACCAGCGCAUACACACGGGGAAGAAGCUCUUUGCCUGCACAGACUGCAGCAAGAGCUUUGUUGAGAGGCAGUACCUGCUAAGGCACCAGCGCAUCCACACUGGGGAGAAGCCCUUCACCUGCAAUGACUGUGGCCAGAGCUGUAGGGAGAAGUGGACCCUCAUCAUGCACCAGCACAUCCACACCGGAGAGAAGCCCUUUGCCUGCACCGACUGUGGCAGGAGCUUCAGGAGGAAGGGAGACCUCACCAUCCAUCAGCGCAUCCACACUGGGGAGAAGCCCUUCACCUGUACCAACUGCAGCAAGAGCUUCAGGGAGAAGCAGAACCCGAGGAGACACCAGCAGGUGCACAAGGGCCCGGGGAUUAUGCCAGAGAGUGUCCAGCAGAAGAGGGAGGGUCCUUCCCCAGCAGGGGGGCAGGCAGAGGCCAAGCCCUUCCAGUGCGGUGUCUGCGAGAAGCGGUUUUGGAAGGAGAGGCUCAUGCUGGCUCACCAGCGCACCCACGGCACCCCCAGCCUGCAGCCGCCUCCGCAGCCCGGCACCCCCGAAUCUGCUGCUGAGGGGCCAAUGGGGUGCUUGCUGGGGGCUGGUGUGGGAUGGCUGUGGGGGCAUGUCCUGUUUUUUGCAGGAAUAGAGUUAAUUUUCUUCCUAGUAGCUGGUUUAGUGCAGUUUGUUUGGAUUGAGAAUGAGAAGAAUGUUGCAAAUACAUGGAUUUUUGAGUUGUUGCUGAGCAGUCAAGAAUAUUUCAGGUUCUAGUGCCCUGCCAGCUGGGAGGGGGCACAGCCAGGACAGCUGAAACAAAGUGGCCAAAGGGCUGUUCCUUACCAUAUGGUAUCAUGCCCAGUAUAGAAACUGGUGGGAGAGGAAUAAGGGGAACGCGGCUCAGGGACGGGCUGGACAUAGGUCAGCGGGUCGUGAGCGGUUUUGUUGCGCAUCACUUGCUUUCUUACAUCAUCAUCAUCAUUCUCAUCAUUCCUUUCCUCUUCUAUCCUAUGAAACUGCCUUUAUCUCAUCCCAUGACUUUUACAGGGAUCACUGGAUCAGCCCAAUCGAAGCUUUGUAUCAGGUGUUUAGCUUAAAUAAAUAUAUUUUAAAUAGAAUGAA